AUGGGGCUCAAAACAGGUGGGGAACAUAGCGCAUGCGCAUGGGAGAUCACACGAGUGGAGGUUCGCGACAACCUGGUGCAGUUCAAGAAAUUCCUCGACAGCAGUCAAGCCUUGAGGAAGAAGAGAAAAGUCGAGCGCAUAUUUCCAGAGCAUGUUAUCAAGAACACACAGGGGGAGGACGUCUCUGUGGUUGCAUUAGAGUCUUUGGAGUAUAUGGCCCAAUUAUUUAACAGCCUGACUCCUGUCACAUGGAACAAAGAAACACUGAACCUGUUCAAAAACAGAUGACCUAGUUAAGUUAAGAAAUUGGAGGGAUGCGUCGGGUGUGGUGUUGGGGCAUCCUCUGGAGAUGGAGGGUCAGUGACUUCAGGCAAAGGGUCUCUGAAAACGUAUUUCAACAAGCUAAACACAAUCUUGAUACAGAAGGAACAUAGCGCAUGCGCAUGGGAGAUCACGCGAGUGGAGGUUCGCGACAACCUGGUGCAGUUCAAGAAAUUCCUCGACAGCAGAGUCAAGCCAUGA